AUGGACAGGAAAAAGCAACCAACAAGGUUUGGUAUCAAUAAUCUACAAAUCGUGUGGGGUAGAACAAGAGGACUGGAGGAAAGAGUACCAGUCGUGCUAUGGGCCUACUGUAUAACAUACAAAGUCACUACUGGGCAUACACCAUUUCAACUCAUGUACGGGCAGGAGGCAGUGGUACCAGCCAAGUACACCGUGCCAAGCCUUCGGGUGGCGGUAGAAAAUCGAUUAGGGGACAUCGAAAGUAUGAAUGCAAGGCUUGAUGGGUUGGUAAAGCUGGAUGAACGGAGACUGAUGGCACAAUGGACGACUAAGGUGGCACAACGUCAGCGAAAGCAUUGGCACGACCAGCAUCUACGGAAGGCCAACUUCCAGCCGGGACAGUUAGUUUUGAAGUAUAAUGGUCAGAACGAACUUCGACUAGGGAAGUUCAAGGUCCAUUGA